AACUAAAAAAAACAACGGUUCAUGCAGCUGUGGGGAACAUAUUUACAUAUAGACCUCCAAAGAGACUUUAACAGAUUCUUUUGUUUUGAAUGGAUUCUGACAAUCAUUAAUCUUUAUCCAAUUUAAAAGUGCACCAAGGAUCGAGGCUGUACGAGGAUAUGAGCCAGUGUGAACAGCCUGCCACUGCUGCUAAUGGUGAUGAUGAGGAUGAUGGCCCUGUUACAGCCAAGACCAACAACCCCCCCCCCCCCAACAUUCCAACUACCCGUUCAUUAUUCGAUGCUCGGCAGAGCAGAAUCCAAGAGGAUCGAGACACCUGGAUCUUUGUGCUUUUGGAAAACCAGCAGGAGCAAUUGCGACAGCAUACGCAGCUCCUGCGUCUCAUCCUGGCGAGAGGUUUAGCACAAGAUGCAGUUCCGAAUGAGUUGCCAGAGGGGAUAUCUUUCCCCCUCAAAACUGUGGUGGAUUUGGCAGCCUUCAAAAAGCGAAAGUCACAAGCGAAUACUCCAACAUCCGUUGUAAAAUACUUAGCAGAAUAUGGUGGGAGUGACACAGUGGACACGGUUUCACAGAUAAUGAAGACGGUGUUGACAACAAAUCUGGCCCGCCAAUACAACCUAAAGGGAACCAAACAAAAAGAUAAACAUCUUUACAGCAGGAUGUCUACAAUUGAACCCUGCAACACACUUUAGAACCGCAAGGAAAUGGAGGGGGCCAUUUAGAGUCUCAAGGUCGUGAGGUUGGCCGCAAAGACCGAGCAUGGGUCACCCCGAUGCUUCCUGAGUAGAAUGUUGACUUAUUUACUUACCAUAAAAAUUCGGAAUUACGACUCAAAAUUAAACCAACAAAAAUUGUCAGAAUAUUUUUCCAAUUGAUUAUGUACAGUAUGUAUGCUUCUAUUGUUUUAUCAUAAACACAUCAAUGUCGUGUGACAUGUUAUGUAGUUUGUAUGCAAAAUGUAUCACAAUAAUGUAAUAGUGAGAUAUCCCAACUUUUCCCCUAAAUUUUCAUAUCGUUAAAGGUUGCAAGAAGAGCAUUUCUCACUGUAUUUAUAGGCAAAUCCUAUUGCUCUUACUUUUUUGUAAAAACAUAAGACAAACUGUCCGUGACAAAUAAGAGACCCAUCAACAAGACAAAUAUGUUUAGUUCACAUUUGGAUGAUUGUUUUAAAGGAGACUCUUAAUAAGCGAAAC